GUUAACACAACAUGCCCUUGUUGACCUAGUUUGAAUGUUACCUGUAGAGGAUACACUGGGAGCAGCUGAGGACAUACGCAUCUACCAUGACUUCUUCAGACAGUGAGCUGAAGAAGAUAUCUACAGAGUUGAAAUAUAUUUCACUCAAGAGACAACAACUUCUGGAAAGGAAAAAAAUCCAGUGCAUAUUUCAAGAGUUGAGGAAUCGUGCUGAAUUUGAACAAACAGAGGAGGCAGACUCAAAACAGCUUGAGAUUGACAGCAUUGAUGACAAACUGAAACAACUAACAGAAAGGAAGGCAGAGCUCCAAAAUAGCCUUGAGAGCAUCCUCAAUGCCAAAGUGAAGAAUAGCAAGAAAGAGGUCAGUUUCACCUCCAUUCAGCCGACUAGUGUUCCUGGCUUCAAAAUUUUCUAUGUUGAGCCUCCACCUGCUAUCCCUGCCCCUUCAGUGAUUCUGGACAUGGAAAAGCUUCCACCUUGUCCAUGCAGGACACAGUGUCCAGAGUGUCGGCAGUUCAUCACAACAGAGACUUUUACCUCUGUCAGCAGUGUCACCUGGCUGGUGUGUUUUAUGACAGCUUUGAUUGGAUGCGUGGCUGGUUGUUGCCUCAUUCCCUUCUGUCUCGAUAAGUUCAAAUCUACCACACACCAAUGUCCUAAGUGCCGAGCGUUUAUCAGAACUAUUAAAAAGCUCUGAGAGAAAAGAAGCUGGUGAGAACUUGAAGCUCAGACUGAAAGAGCGUCAGAAAUUGACCUAAUGGUAAAGUAUUUCAGCAGCAUGGCUCCCUUGCAGAGUUUAUCUGUUUGCGUUCACUAUCAUCCUAAUCGACUUUGAUUUUAAUGGAGCACGUCAGAAGGAAAAUGUGGUGUUAACUAAUAUAGUCUGCCUGUAUGUACAUGUAUAUUAUAUUAGGAUGCAUCUGUAUAUUUAAAUAGAAUAGAAAAUGUAUAUGACUCAAAUAUACUGUACAAAUCUGUAAAAUGAUUGAAAUCAUGUAAACAUUCAGUUCUCUAUUAAGGCAUACAAAUGCAGUGAGCUGUUUGUUCAACUAAAAUACACAAUUAAAGCCUUUCUUUGUAUAUUUGUUAAAUUUCAACCACUAAAGGGUUAAUGGCAUACUGGGGAUGGUCAUACGGUAGGUUAACUUUGAAAUCCUAAAUAAUAUAAGAUAUGUUUUCAAAACUACUGCUAUAUUUUUUUUUAUCAAAGGUAACAUAAAUACCAUAUGUAAAACAUGGCAUUUAAAGUCAAGUCAAUUUAAUUUAUAUAGCCCAAUAUCACAAAUCACAAAUAUGCCUCAGGGGAUUCACAAUCUGUACAGCAUGGCACCCUCUAUCCUUAGACCCUCAAUUUGGAUAAGGUAAAACUUACCAAAAAUAACUUGGAAGAACUAACUAACUAAAAAAAUGGAAGAAACAGCAGGGAGAGAGAGAUGAGGACAAUAUGCACACAGGGCACAGUGAGAGGCAAUAGGAGAAGCUGAAUCUCCUGGAGGAUGAAGAUCCAUAUCCACAACAUCUGAAAUGAGGCACCGACAGCCAGGGAAGGGAGAGAGGUCCCAGGACAGCCCAUGAUCCAAAACAGAGAAGCCUGAGUGAAAAGAUAGGACAAGGAGGAGAGGUUAGGGAGAAAGAGAGUGAGAAAGCGGCGUACAGCUUGGAUAUGCAUGUGCUUGUGGGACAACAGACAAACAGGGUUAGAGAGAUGCAAUAGUUUCCGUACCGUAUCCUCUUCGGCAGGACAAAUGAACUAUAGCACUACUUAGGUUAAUAGAUUCAUUGAGACUGAGGCCGACUGGCCAGAAGGAUAACUGUAACAGCUCCACAAGGCCUGUAGUAAUUAAAGAAUAAGUU